GCCAGCCAGCCAGGCAGGCCCCGGAAGGCGGUCGGCUGUAAAAGCGGAAGCCGCUGCGCUUGCGCACUGAGUCCGGCCGCUCCCUGCCUGCUGCUCGGCGCUGUGCUCCGGGAUGGCGAAGAACACGGUGUCUGCCCGCUUCCGGAGAGUGGAUGUGGAUGAAUACGAUGAGAACAAGUUCGUGGAUGAGGAGGAGGUGGCAGAGGGGCAGCAAGGACCGGACGAGGGGGAAGUGGAUGGAGCUAUACGGGGAUAUCCUUCUAUCAUGGAUUAAUAUGAGCACACUGUGCCAUACAUACACUAUAUACAUACAUAACAUGUGUCAUACAUACACUAUAUACAUACACUGCAUGUGUCAUACACACACUAUAUACAUACACUGCAUGUGUCAUACAUACACUGCAUGUGUCAUACAUACACUAUAUACAUACAUAACGUGUCAUACAUACACUGCAUGUGUGUCAUACAUACACUGCAUGUGUCAUACAUACACUAUAUACAUACAUAACAUGCGUCAUACAUACACUGCAUGUGUCAUACAUACACUAUAUACAUACAUAACAUGUGUCAUACAUACACUAUAUACAUAAACUGCAUGUGUCAUACAUACACUAUAUACAUACACUGCAUGUGUCAUACAUACACUGCAUGUGUCAUACAUACACUGCAUGUGUCAUACAUACACUGCAUGUGUCAUACAUACACUAUAUACAUACACUAUAUACAUACACUGCAUGUGUCAUACAUACACUAUAUACAUACACUGCAUGUGUCAUACAUACACUAUAUACAUACACUGCAUGUGUCAUACAUACACUAUAUACAUACACUGCAUGUGUCAUACAUACAUAGCAUGUGCCAUACAUACAUACAUAACAUGUGUCAUACAUGCACUAUAUACAUACAUAACAUGUGUCAUACAUGCACUAUAUACAUACACUGCAUGUGUCAUACAUACACUAUAUACAUACACUGCAUGUGUCAUACAUACACUAUAUACAUACAUAACAUGUGUCAUACAUGCACUAUAUACAUACAUAACAUGUGUCAUACAUGCACUAUAUACAUACACUGCAUGUGUCAUACAUACACUAUAUACAUACACUGCAUGUGUCAUACAUACACUAUAUACAUACAUACAUAGCAUGUGUCAUACAUACACUAUAUACAUACAUAGCAUGUGUCAUACAUACACUAUAUACAUACAUCGCAUGUGUCACACAUACACUAUAUACAUACAUAGCAUGUGUCAUACAUACACUAUAUACAUACAUAGCAUGUGUCAUACAUACACUAUAUACAUACAUAGCAUGUGUCAUCCAUACAUUAAAUACAUACAUAGCAUGUGUCAUACAUACGCUAUAUACAUACAUAGCAUGUGUCAUACAUACACACACCAUGUUCAACGUGCUUCAUACAUACAUAAAUAUCUAUAUGCAUAUAGCCUGCUUCAUACUUACACAUAUACACAAAGUCUUCAUACAUGCAUGCAUACCUAUAUACAUACAGCCUGCUCCAUAUUUAUAUACACACUUAUAUACACACAGCCUGCUUCAUUAAUACUUCUAUAUAUGCAGCCUGCUCCAUACAAACCUGUAUAUCCACACCAUGCUCCAUACAAACCUGUAUUCCCACACCAUGCUCCAUACAUACCUGCAUACACACACCAUGCUCCAUACAUACCUGCAUACACACACCAUGCUCCAUACAUACCUGCAUACACACACCAUGCUCCAUACAUACCUGCAUACACACACCAUGCUCCAUACAUACCUGCAUACACACACCAUGCUCCAUACAUACCUGCAUACCCACACCAUGCUCCAUACAAACCUGCAUACCCACACCAUGCUCCAUACAUACCUGCAUACCCACACCAUGCUCCUUACAUACCUGCAUACCCACACCAUGCUCCUUACAUACCUGCAUACCCACACCAUGCUCCAUACGAACCUGCAUACCCACACCAUGCUCCAUACGAACCUGCAUACCCACACCAUGCUCCAUACGAACCUGCAUACCCACACCAUGCUCCAUACGAACCUGCAUACCCACACCAUGCUGCAUACCCACACCAUGCUCCUUACAAAACCUGCAUACCCACACCAUGCUCCUUACAAAACCUGCAUACCCACACCAUGCUCCAUACAAAACCUGCAUACCCACACCAUGCUCCAUACAUAUCUAUUUUAUAUAGAUACACAAACCACCUGCCCUGAUAGCACAGGUGGUCCAUACACUGAUUCACACAGUACAUAGGUACAUAAGGAGACUGAUAUUCAACAUUACUAUUACAGGUAUUUAUAUAGCGCCAACUUAUUCCGCAGCGCUUUACAUGUCACGCUGAAUACACACAAUCUCCUAUUCAUACUGGGUAGUGUGCUGUUGCCAUAUUCAUGUAGGUUAAGUGAAUUUAGGAAUAAACACACAGAAGCAAAAAUAUACCCACCUAUAAUGAGAUACAAUAUAAGUAAAGUGAUGGAAAAAGAGGGAUGCUUGGUGUCCCAUACUGCUAUAGGUGGAAAAAUACACUCACACACAAAGCACUGUGUGGGAAACCCCCACUGAUGCUUUUAUUAAUUGGUAUAUUUUAAGGAUACACACAAAAUGGCUUUGUUUUUGUUUUUUGUUUGUUUGAGUAUUUUUUUCUCCUAUAUAUUGUGAGAAAGGUUCAAGAGACUUUUUAAUAACAAUAAUGCAAGGAGUAUAGUUCUUUUUGCUAUCUGCAUGGGUAUGUGAAUGAUGUUGGACUACACUUUCUGUGAUACUCUGCUAGGGAAUCGCCUAGCUAAGCAUCACUGGUGCUUGUUGUUAAAGGUGUUCUGUGCAUUCUGUGGUUUUUGUUUCACUCUUUGUAGCUGUGGUAUAUGUCACAUUUUCAUGAAGUGUAGGUAUGCACACACACAAACCGCUCUGUACACUGUGUGGGGGGAGGAUUUGAAUGUAAGGGCACUGCACACAUUCUCCCGUUCUCUAAAUGAUUUCACCUUGUAUCUUUACUGUUUUAUGUUCCUGUGUUUGCUGCAUUUGAUUUUUCUGCUAGCGAGUGAGAUUAUUUUGUUGUAAACGGUGGGGAGAGGUUUAAUCAAUAGCUGCAUUGUGCUUGCACUUUGAGCCCUUUUUUCUUGCUGGCACAGGUUAUACGUAGUGUACACCUCACGUAGUUUAUCAAUAAGUACACAGUGUACAGCCCAGCUGGAAAGGAUGCAUGCACAGUCUUGCUUGAAACUCAGGAAUGCAGGAAGGAGCCUCGAACUGGGAGGAAUGGAAUAAGUGCAUAUUAAAUAUUUUCGUUUUUGAUCCAUUCCUGCUAAUUUUUAGAAAUAACCUCCGGGUCCCUUUUUUCUCUUCAGAAGAAAACUAAAAUAGACCAUCUUCUCUUUAAACAGAGGAGAUACCAGUGUAAUUGUCACAAUUUUGACGCCGUGAUAUGUUGUCUUAGUGAGGAAUUUGAAAGUGAGUCCCAACUUGCUGGGCGGCCAUUGUUCUUUUGAGGUUUUGCCUAAGCUGUGGUCGUAUUCUGUUUACCUCUACAGCUGGUACAGCACUUUUGUUGGCACAUACCGGUUGGUUGGUUGUUUAGCUGUGCUGUAUGUGCUUCUAGACUACAUAAGUAAAUUUAUAGCCGUGGAAUUCUAGUUCUGUACUAAGAAAUAAAUCCUGUUUUAAAAUGUUACGGUGGUGCAUUUUUCUUGAUGGGAAAACUUGCUUUUAGAUACUUUGUAGCGAAAUUACUCCUAAAUCACAGUUUGUUCUGUUAGAGUAACCCUUUUGUGAGGUGAUCCACCCCCUCCAAACUUUAAGAAACAACAACAUAAAACCUCCUUUCCAUCGCAAAGUUAAAGUUCUUCAUGCAGCCUGAUCCAUCUUGGCAGACGCCACUUCCCCUCAUGCGAGCAGGUGUGAGGUCAGGGAGGACAGAUGAGGUGGGUAUGCCACCAUUGGCAGUCAGGUGCUAAUUAUACCCAGGUUUGAUAUUAUCCAGCAUAAUGACACUACCAGAGGUGGAGUUAAAUCUUCAGCAGCUAUGGGGUUAAUGUCUGUUUGUCCAGCAUUUUUUUUUUUUUUUAGCAGAAAGCAUUAUAUACAGACUCCACGCACCAUUGACCACUUAAAAAAAACUCACAUAAUUAGCCACGCACUCGUGUAUGUGUGUGUGUAUGUAUGUGUAUAUAUAUAUAUGUGUGUGUGUGUGUGUGUGUGUGUGUAUAUUAUAUUAAAAGUGUUAGGUGCGUACCUGCUCUACCCCCCUAGAACUCAAUAAGAAGCCCCUGAUAGGCUGUUUCCCCGUGAAGAGAUGUUAGUCUCUUCUGGGAGAGAAAAGGGCUUGCAGUUCAUAGGCUGGUUUUGCAAGCUCUCUUAAAAAUAUUCCUCCUUUGCAUGCACAUAUCUUCAGGGUCUAUAUAUACUAAAUCGUGAAUUCUACAUUUUUAUUCAUUUGGUCAGUGGAGUGUCCCUUUAAAUUUUUUACACUCUUGUCAGUAGAAUAGUUUAAUUUCACCCGCAAUAAACCCUCCUUCUGUGACGUCAUUCCCCCUCUUUACUAGGGAGGGAUGUCACGCUGGUAGGGCUGAGGGGCAGCACAGAGAGGGUAAUUGUGCCACCAUUCUAUGUCUGUUGGAGCAUGCUACGCUUGCUGUUGAUGGACAUUUUUUAUGCACCGUUUUAACAUUAGCAGCCUGGAACUCUUGUUUUAGGUGGGUUAAUGAUGCUGCCGGAGGUGGACUUCUGGCAGCAUCAUCAGAUCUGAGCAGUUUAUAAAACUGAAAUGCUCCAACUUUGAGCAAUUUCUAAAUAUGCCACAAAAAGAGAGAAAAAUCCCUUCUCAAACAAAGUGUAAACCUUUUAUCAUUAAAGGGAAACUCCAGGCACCUAGACCACUUCUGCCCAUUGGAGUGCUCUGGGUGCCAACUACCCUUAAAGGACCACUAUAGUGCCCUGAGGGUGCCCCCACCCUCAGGGUCCCCCUCCCGCCCAGCUCUGGGGAGAGGAAAGGGGUAAAAACGUACCUUUUUCCAGUGCUGGGCGGGGAGCUCUCCUCCUGGGUUCCUCCCAUUCGCUUGAAUGCGCACGCGCGGCAAGAGCUGCGUGCGCAUUCAGCCAGUCGCAUAGGAAAGCAUUGUAAAUGCUUUCCUAUGGACGCUUGCGUGCUCUCACUGUGAUUUUUCACAGUGAGAAUCACGCAAGUGCCUCUAGCGGCUGUCAAUGAGACAGCCGCUAGAGGAAUUGGAGGCUGGAUUAACCCAUUUGUAAACAUAGCGGUUUCUCUGAAACUGCUAUGUUUAUAAAAAAAAAAAGAGUUAAUCCUAGAUGGAACUGGCACCCAGACCACUUCAUUAAGCUGAAGUGGUCUGGGUGCCUAUAGUGGUCCUUUAACCCUGCAUGUGUAAUUAUUGUAGUUUUCAUAAAUCUGUUUUCUUGGCACCGAAGAAUCCCUUUAAUGACCAUAUUUCCCUGGACAUGCUGCUUUUCAGGCCUUUUUAAAAUACAUCUAUCGAUAAUAAGCAAUUUUUAUAUGUAAGGGAUUCCGCAUAGUCUAGUAUCAAUGACCACUUAUCCUUUGUGCAUCUAACCCUUGCAGUCAAGUUAUCAAUAUAAAUUUGAUUUGUGGUCUAUCUUUGCUAGGGAGAACGUGGAAUGCCAAUAUUUUGCAGAGAAUAAGUAGGUAAUUUUAUUGGAUCUAGGUUAAUCCUAAAGCCAGCAAUUACAACUAAAAUAAUUAAGACCCCAUGUAGGAUAUCGCUUAUUAUAGGUAAAAGUCUUUUAAAGAAACCUCCAAGUACCAUAAACACCGCAGCUUGCGUGACAUUGCAAUUCUGACAACAGUAAACCAUUAAAAGUGCAAUUGUGUUUUUUUUGUUUUUUUUUGGUGUAUCUGUAUUUUAAUGAAGACCUAUCAAUAUAAUCGCUUGCAUGAAGAGGGAGAUGGUAGAUUUACUGUUCAUUAUUGUACUCUUGCACAUGCGGGGAAUUACAAAACAGGUGGAAGAACUUGAGAGAUCACUAGAUAUGCCAUGUAGUAUCUAGCAUAUGUACACUGGGGUGCCAUAGAACACUCUAGUGUACAUUGUUAUGGAGAUAUUGUAGCUCUCCUCUCUUAAAAAAUAUCAUUUUGUCGAAAAGACGGAAGUAUUUGCUUAUAUCUUUUUGAUUAAUAUGGAAUAAAAAAAAGUGAGUGACCACUCCUCUUUAAACACUACAUAUUUUCUGCAGCUAACAUUACGGACUUUUAAAAAGUUAACUUCAUUUCAGUCUGUGAGUUUCUGCACAAUUUCCUUAACACUAGUGUACAGGAAACAUGAUGGGUGCUCUUCAAGCUGUUUUAAAGAACCCACCCAUUUAUACAAAGAACCAGUCUACCAAGGUAAGUGACAAAAUAAUGCAUAUCUGUAGCGAUGGAGCGUUUGUAUUUGUUUGUCGAUCAGAUAUGUGUGCUCAAUGGUUCUUAACACCUGGGUUGCAACCUAAAAACUGGUCCGCGCGGAAAUCUGGGGACCGCACCCAAAGGCUCAGUACUCCGUAAUCGCAACGACCUCCAGAAGUUGUCUAUGUAGGGUGUCCUUUUUAAUAUAUUUCAUUAUUUGCUUGUUGUCUCCCCAGUAUCAACAAAUAUCAUCAGUUGCAAUUCUACCAGACUCCUUGCUCAAAUCCUGUCAUUCCAUUGUACAGCGCUACGGAAUUUGCUGACGCUGUAUAAAUAAAAAUAAUUCCUGUAUAAAAAAGAAAAAGUCUGGGUGUUUAUAUCCCUCUUUAGGUCUUGUUUUUAAAAAGCAGUGUGUUGUGCCAUCCACUAUGGUAGUUAAAUGGCCUAUUUAGCACAAGGAACACUAGUGGGAGGAAGAACAGAUGCUCUCUUUCCGGUCUCUGAUUACUGGAAGGCAGCUUGUGUAAACCUUCUAUACUUCCGCUUGUGUUUUCACAAUCAAGCAGAAUGUGUCCCUUGUUAAUUGACUUGGAUUGCUUACAGAGACCAUUAUUAUUCUUAUGAUUUAAAAUAAAAUAAAAAAAUUCUAUUUAAAUGAACAAAUAAUUACUCAAUAGAAUUGAUUCUGCAAAUCUUGAAUUUAUUGACUGUAUUUUAGAUAUGUUCACAUCUCCCCCCCCCCCUUCUUUUUUUUCUAUAGACUAGAGAUGUCUAGCUUUGAAAGAGGAACUGUCGCAUCUUUGUUGACGACAGUUCCUAUUUUUCUCAGCCCUGGACAAGUUGCUCUCUUCACCCUAGUACACGCUUCAAUAAUAUCAAGUGGAAACAAACUUUCCUCCGCUGCCUCUCAAAGUUAUCAAAACUGCUCUAUCACUGAUAAAACUGCUCUAUCCCCUUCUGUCUCAUUAGAGAUCUUUGCCAGAAGCUCAAGGAAGCAAAGUCAAUGGUUAGAGUUAGGAACCACCUGGGGGGGGGGAGGGGGGUCUGCCUUGAUGUUGGCAGGUGGGUUUAUCCACUCAUGGCCACUGGAGGUAACUAAAAAAACCUCCAUUUGUUUAAAAAUACAUAGGGAUUAAGGAGAGAGCGCAGAUAACUUGUUUUUCUCUGGUUUUUACUAUAUAUUGGGGCUGAUGUGUACUGUAGUCUUUGCUGCCGCCCAGUGAUGGGAGUGAGCGCAGGACUUAUCUUUCUGCAUUUCGAUCACUGAUAUGUCCUGAGCUUUGCAUCUCACAUGGCUUCUCCCAUAUUCUCUGCAAGCACAUAUUAUCCUAGGCCAUGUUUAAUGGAUUCUGGGACAUUUUAUUCUUUAUAUUCGUUAUUUAGGAGACCUGAAAGUCAAGUGCAUUGCCUGCCUGAAACAGUGUUAUGUAGCCAUAUACACCUCAAUUUUAUAAUUAUUGUAAUGUUGUAAAACAAACAAAAACAUUGAGGGGGGGGGAAAAAGUGUAGUUGGGGGGGGCACAGUGAUGAAUCUGCUACAGAUAAAAGGAUAUGCUUAAGACAUUAUUUUUUGUAAUGACCCACAGAUAGAGGGAGCAGAUGUUUUCAGCUACGCAGCUGCCAAGGCUCUCUUGGCACCCAAUGUAAUUAAGUCACCUAACUUUCUAAUCUGUAUCUGUUUAUUUAAUUAUUAUUUCAUAUAAAUUGAAGUGUCACUGUCUAUUUAUAGAUUAGGGUUUAUUUACUAAACAGUCAACUAAAAACCAUGUUACAGAGGUUAUUUUUUUGUUUUUUAAAUCUUUACAUCGCAACAAAAGUUGCUGUUUCGUUAAUAAACCAUCACUGAUAACACCCAAAAAGGUGUAAUUUCACCUGUCCUCUUUAUAUAUCUGGUAUCUGAUUUCACCGGCCCUUGUUUCUCCUGCAGGAUCGAGCGGAAAGUUUGGUACUCAAGGUUCUAAUCUCCUUUAAAACCAACGAAAUUGAGAAGGCUGUGCAGUCCCUGGACAAGAAUGGUGUGGACCUUCUAAUGAAAUAUAUCUACAAAGGCUUUGAGAACCCCUCUGAAAACAGCAGUGCUGUGUUACUGCAAUGGCACGAAAAGGUGAUACAGACAUUGGCAGGGAAAUGUAUAUAAUUUGCGUUGUUUUAUAAUACAGAUUGUUCCAUUCAGUCUUUCCAUAUUUUUUUGACACAAAUCCAUAGAAAGGAAAUAGGUACACAGAUAUUUAAUACAAAAUAAAUCCCAUGAUGAGUAACAUGACCUGGUGUCUCUAAAAAGAGCAUCUUAUUUUAUUUAUAUAUUGAUAUUCUGGAGUUUCCUGAUCUACUGACUGCAUAGCAGUAAAUGUUGCUGCAGUGUGGGCCCAGAGACACUGAGCAUGCAGUUCCCCUGCCACAGCAUCUAGGGUAGGCGUAGGCAACCUUCGGCACUCCAGAUGUCUUGGACUACAUCUUCUAUAAUGCUCUUACCAACAAAUUUUUGGCAAAGCGUCAGGGAAGAUGUAGUUCACAACAUUUUGAGUGCCUAUAUCUGCUAGAGUAUACUCACACACUAAGAUUUGUCAUUUAUUUAUUAUUUGUCACUAAGAUGCCAGUUAUUAGACCUUUAUUAAAGCCAUUAGGCCAUAGCGUUGUACGGUAUGUUUGUUGGUGUCUUAUUUGAGAAUAAACAUUUGAACUUUGGAUUGCUACCCCUUUGUAGCUAACGUUCAGGAUUUACUAUAUAUAGGAGAGUGUGGCCACACAGCUGCCAAGGCUUUCCUGGCACCCAGUGUAACUUUAAGUCACCUAGCUUUCUAAUCUGUAUCGGUUUUAUACAAAUUCGAAAGCUAGCAGCACAACAGAAGCAAUUCUUUCCAUAUUUCCAGAUUAUUUCUCUGUGAAACAAUCUCUCCAGUUGUUGAUCAGUAAGCACGUUAUUACAACUUGAAAAUAUAAUGCUUGUAAGUAAAUGGUAUCUCCAGUGUAUUGAUUGCUAAGCAUCACUGGAGAUGUACUUUUUUUUUUUUUUUUACAGCUAGAGAUUCAUAUGUUGGCUUUCUGAUCUUUAACCCCUUAAGGACACAUGACGGAAAUAUUUUGUCAUGAUUCCCUUUUAUUCCAGAAGUUGUGUCCUUAAGGGGAUAAACAGUGGUUGUUUGUUACUCUGAUAGCAUAUAAAGGAACACUAUAGGGUCAGGAACACAAACCUGUAUUCCUGACCCUAUAGUGUUUAACCUACCAUUUAGGUGGCUUGUCCCUUUCGUUUUGAUACUUAGCCCUCUUAAAAGCAAUUAAAGCUCACCUUAAUUCCACCGCCAUGCGGGUCUGCCGGCGCUAGCUCUGCCCCCUUGGUGAUAUCAGAAUUGCAGAUUUUUAGCCAAUCCAAUGCUUUCCUGUGGGAAAAGUAUUGGAUUGGCUGAAAUUGUCAAGGGGCGGGGCCAGAUUACAUUUUGGCCAAUCAGCACCUCCUCAUACAGAUGCAUUGAAUCAAUGCAUCUCUAUGAGGAAACUUCAGUGUCCACAUGCAGUGUGUGGAGAUGUUGAACGGCAGAGCUGCCUACUGUGCAGCCCUGAGCCAUGAAGCCCCUCCAGUGGCCAUCUAAGGCCAACCAGAUUAUUACCAGGCAAUGAUUAUACUCGCCAGCACACUCAUUAAGCUGUAGUUGUUCUGGUAACUUAGUGUCCCUUAAAGGAACAUUCUAGGCACCAUACUGCUCAAUUAAGUGGUUAUGUCAGCUGUAGUCCCCUGGCGCUGUCCUACUGUUAAAGGAACACUAUAGUCACCUAAAUUACUUUAGCUAAAUGAAGCCGUUUUAGUGUAUAGAUCAUUCCCCUGCAAUUUCACUGCUCAAUUCACUGUCAUUUAGGAGUUAAAUCACUUUGUUUCUGUUUAUGCAGCCCUAGCCACACCUCCCCUGGCUAUGAUUGACAGAGCCUGCAUGAAAAAAAAAAAACUGGGUUCACUUUCAAACAGAUGUAAUUUACCUUAAAUAAUUGUAUCUCAAUCUCUAAAUUGAACUUUAAUCACAUACAGGAGGCUCUUGCAGGGUCUAUCAAGCUAUUAACAUAGCAGGGGAUAAGAAAAUCUUAAUUAAACAGAACUUGCAAUAAAGAAAGCUUAAAUAGGGCUCUCUUUACAGGAAGUGUUUAUGGAAGGCUGUGCAAGUCACUUGCAGGGAGGUGGGGCUAGGGUUCAUAAACAAAGGGAUUUAACUCCUAAAUGGCAGAGGCUUGAGCAGUGAGGCUGCAGGGGCAUGUUCUAUGCACCAAAACUGCUUCAUUAAGCUAAAGUUGUUCAGGUGACUAUAGUGUCCCUUUAAGACUUAAAACAUUUUCAAAUGAUUAAACACUAAAUGAAAGUUUGUGGGUGCCCACAAUCUGGACUCUCUUCUGCUUGGUCUUAUAUGGAAGCAAUGACUGGUUGAGCAGGGCAGCUGAGCGCUCUGCCUUAGCCAUACCUCCAGCUGGCGGCAGAGCAACAGGCACUGGGGACUCUUAUUCCGUCUAAAACUAAUCGUAACUGCUUCAGUCAGAUGAAGUGCUUAAGGUGCCUAGUAUCCGUUUAAUUUGUCAAAGUCUGUUAUGGAACAAUGUAUUGAGUAUUAACCCAAGAGUGAGUUUGUCUGCUUUGUACACCGUGAAGAAGUAAAAUGAACAGCUCUGGUGCCGAUAACUCUUUGCUAAACCAAAUCUUUUUACCACCUUUGCAGGCCUUGUCAGUGGGAGGUGUGGGUUCCAUAGUCAGAGUGCUGACUGCCAGGAAGACAGUUUGAAUGUUCGGCUGGUCGUGUGAUGGGAGAACUGGUGCCAAGACCAAAACCCUCAGCUGCAGCCUGGCUGUGGUCAAACCAACCCCUACUCUCUUGCUGCCACAUUUCUAUUCUUCCUUCUGUUUCUCUAUGGCUUUCGUUUUGAUACUUUUUUGAACAAACAGUACAAGUGAAUGUGUGCUGUGAGUGCAGUGCUCUGUUGACAGGCGUGUUAAGUUAUCUGCAUUUUCGUACAUGCCCUCAAUGAGCUGGGCUCUUUAAAUAACCACCCAUUCCCCAGAUCUGUACAGAUUGCAAAUCAAAGCACACACAGUGCUCUUUCCACCAACAUAAAUACUAUUGCGCCUUACGACCUCAUUCUUUUUGGACCAAACAGCCUCACCCCUCUAUUCAGCUUAGCCAUGAGGCUGACCCAGCUUCUGCCUGUAAUAAUCCUUUCCAUACUCUAUCCCACUCUACCAGGAAACCUUCUCAGGAGUGGCGUUUUUGCAAUCUAAGGCUUUUAUAUCUUGAAUUAACCAGUUCAAUCCUCAAGGUCCCUGGAGUUUAAUGUGCUCCCUCAGGUCCUAGGUGUUUAAAAGGGAUAUCUCAUACUUUGGCUCAAAAAAGGGCUUCCUUUUAUAGCUGUAUUAACUUGAGUACAUUUUACAAUACCAACAAAAGCAGGCUCUGUUUUAGUCCAUGAGUCAGAUCUUAUAAAAACCACCGUUCAUUGGCAGUAGGGAGUGACUUGCAUUUAUUUGCCUAGUCAGGUUUUGUGGUCUAUCUUAAAUUAGGUUUUCCUUCCAUUACGUAAUGUAGUGACAAAGCCCCCACAAAAGAUCUUUUGCUGAUGCAGCUAUUUUUGUAGGCAUUUGUGACCUCAACUAGUGUUGCACUAGUGCUGCAAAAUGACCGUUUUAUAGGGCUCUCUGCUUGUGAGGAAGCCUUAAUUUGUUAAACUCAUUAGUCACUGUAGGCUGGAUUAUGGAAACCCUUCCCUUGCAGAAUUCUACAACAACUUACCAUAUUUAUAGGUUUGCUUUCUGGGGCUGCUCUUUUAAAUUUGUAAUAUCAUGGGACCCGCUGACUUGCUAGUAAUGUAGCAGGAUCCAGCAACAGCAGUUUUAGAAAGAUUCUUUUGUUAAAGCUAUAGAGCUUAUUUGACAAUCUGAACGUAUCCAAAUUUGUGGCUGGCUUCCAGCCUGUUCUCAGUUAUAUUGAAGGCUAAUGGUGGAGAUAGUGAAUUGAAUCUAGCAGCAGAUAUAUACUAGGCCAUUCAGGUUGUGCAAGCCUAGCUUUCUCUGCAGAGCAGAUGACAUAGUGGGGACUUGCUUAAAUCAUUUCAUACUAGGUGGUAAGGAGAAUAGAAAGCAUCCUGCAACAAUAUAUAUACCCAAGGGGGUGAGGCCUUAGCCCUUUCUGUGUUAGCGGGGUCUAUAACUCAGAAUUGCAUCACAGACCCUGUACCAUGGAAGAAAUUAAACUUUACUAUUGUUUUUUUUUACAGAUUAAAUAAAGAAUUGAUUUGGAACUUUGGCCUUUUUGUUUUAUUAUUGAAUUGUGUUACUAUGCAGUGCAACAA